CAUACAAGUUUAUUUUGAUCGAUAUUUUUUUUCGAUCGAUCGAUAGAUUGAUUUUUUUUUUUACCAAAUCAUCCGUAUGAUGGCCAUUACGUUAGUCUUAUUGUAACCACUUUGUUUAAAUUUUUGUACAAAAUGAUAUGUACGAGGUGUACUAAUUACGAGCAGAAAACAGAAUUACCGAGGGUAAUUCAAACUCAAUUGGAUUUAAAACAAUACAAUAUACAAGGAACAAUACAUAGACUCGAUUGUAAAAAAUGUAAUAAAUUUAUAGCUGUAAAAGUGAACGAUGAUAUUUUAGAUAUAAAUAAUAGUUUUCAAGAUAAAUACGAAAAUAAUUGGUGCGAGGUAAAGACCAAUCAAGAGAGAUUAAUUUAUUAUAUACUAUGUCAAAUUAUUUACCUUGAAUUUGAUACUCCUAAAGCGGAAAAAUUGGAGACCCCAUUUGAUUAUGCUGAUAAUUUUGAUAUUGUUUUGAUUAGAUGGGAAAAUGGUAUACCUAUUGGUUUUUAUACAGUUAAACCUAAAGGAACUGAAGUUUAUUCAACAAAUGAAAUAUAUCCGAUGCCAGUAUUAGAUACGGCAUAUAUUCGAUCUAAAUACAGAAAUAAAGGAUUCGGUACUGAAAUUUUAUUUGAUAUGAUCAAACGUUUUCCAAACGAGGAUAUUGGAUUUUCUAAACCUAUUUCUAAUAAUAUGUUGAAAGUAUUAAAAAAAUUUUUAAGAAAUUACAAGGAAUAUAGAUUACGAUUUUGGGAAAUAGCUGAUUGGGAUAUUUAUGAUUCACAAAAAUUGAUAUGGUUUGGCGUAAAAGAUAAAUUACCUUAACGAAGAAUAUUUUGAUUUUAUUCAAAAUGCAAA